CACACACCAGAUCGGCUGCCAGUCCUCCAUCAGCGGGGACACGGGGGUGAUCCACGUGGUGGAGAAGGAGGAGGACCUGCAGUGGGUCCUGGCCGAUGGUCCUCACCCACCCUACAUGAUCCUGCUGGAUGGGAAUCUCUUCAACAGGAAGGUGUUGCUGCAGCUCAAGGGGACCUCCCGGGUGUCCGGCCUUGCCGUGGCCGCUGCCAAACCCAGCCCUGCCCAGGGCUUCUCCCCUGGCCUGAAGUGCCCCAACGAUGGGUUUGGUGUGUAUUCCCAGGACUACGGCCCCGAGUUCGCCCACUGCAACACCACCGUGUGGAACCCCCUGGGCAGUGGCAUCUCCUACGAGGACUUUGACUUCCCCAUUUUCCUCCUGGAAGAUGCCAACGAGACCCAAGUCAUCAAACAGUGUUACCUGGACCACAACGUGCCCAGGGACGGCUCUGCCCCCCAGUACCCCCUGUGUGCCAUGCAGCUCUUCUCCCACAUGCACGCCGUGACCAGCACCGUGACCUGCAUGAGGCGCAGCUCCCUCCAGAGCACCUUCAGCAUCAACCCAGAGAUCGUGUGUGACCCUCUCCUCGACUACAACGUGUGGAGCACUUUGCAGCCCAUCAAUUCCUCUGGAAAGGUGGACCCUGAGAAGGAGGUUAUCAUGGUGGCCACACGAGUGG